CCUUAUUGGCAUCCAUCUCCUUAGCUAGACCUGCAAUCUUCAGAUCCUCUCUGUCCUUAAGGCUAUCACAUCUUCUGAUCAUCUCAGAUCCUUUGUUGCAACCUUUUCCUUUCUUUUCGGCUUUUUUUUUUAUCAUAGUACCAAAGGAAUCCUGCUCUUAACUUGCAUUAUAAUCAACCAGGUCUAGAUCCUCCUGCUCCUUUUCAGUUGAGUCGGGGGUCCUCAAUUCUCCUGUUAGCAUUUGCAUCCUUCAUCUCUUUUUCCUCUUCCAUGUUCUCAUCAAAUUCUCUGUCUAGAGUCUUAUUGCCAGUUUGAGAUCCACCGGUUUUCAGCUUCUCAAAUUUUGUUGUGACAUAUGCAAUGCGAAUUGCAAAGCACGCAACUUACGUCAGAAUAUGCCCGGAUGAUUUCGUUUUCUUCCCACGGGAAACGUACGUGCGCGCGUCGUGAGCAGCGCAAGGCUGUUGCUCAUCUUUGUUCUAUCUUCGCUCAAGGCGUAAAAAAGAAUUCCGUUCUUUCUCGUAAGAUUUCGUUAUCUUUUCAGAGAAACGUACUCCCUCCGAAAAGAGAUAGUGAUUUAAACGCUCUGGUACAUACGUGAUGAUCAACGGCAGGCUAGCUGUUGCUUUUCCUUCUUUUCCCUGCUGCUGAUGACUCUAGUCCAAAGGAAAGCAGAAACCCGAGGAUCAGCAGCAAAAGCGACAGACAGAAUGUUUUCUCGCCACACCCCCACACGCGCGCCGUCCCAGCAACGAAAGAACCACCACCCCACGCUUCUCUCUAGAACACCCGGCCGGAUGGUGCGCGUGCGGCUCUCACUGUUUCUGCCCUGCUGCCUCUUCGACGUGCGUAUAAAUAGAGGCCACGGCGAGCACACGGAGUCCUCAUCAUCACUCGCUAGCUCGAUCGACUCCUGUCAUUUGUUAGAACCGUUUUCUGCAUGGCUUCCUCGGCAGCUUUCCUCCUCCUCGUCGCUGCUGCUCUGCACGUGUGUUGCUGCCGCGGGCAAGGCGGCGGCGAGGGCGCGGUGGCGGCGAUCUACAGCCUCGGCGACUCCAUCACGGACACGGGCAACCUGGCCAAGGAGGCGCCGCCGGGCGCCUUCGAGACCAUCAAGCACCUCCCCUACGGCGUCACCUUCGGCCGCCCCACCGGCCGAUGCUCCGACGGCCUCCUCAUGAUCGACUUCCUCGCUCAGGACAUGGGCCUCCCGUUCCUCAACCCUUACCUGGCCAAGAACACGAGCUUCGACCACGGCGUCAACUUCGCCGUCGCCGGAGCCACCGCCAUGGACCCCGACGACCAGUCCAACCGGACCUUCUCCCUCAAGCUGCAGCUCCGGUGGUUCAAGGACUUCAUGAAGUCCACCUUCGACACCGACGAAGAAAUUCGCAAAAGGCUCCAAUCUUCUCUGGUUCUGGUCGGGGAGAUCGGAGGAAAUGACUACAACUACGCGUUCUUCGGGAACAAGUCUGUCAGUGAGGUGGAGAAACUAAUCCCAGCCGUGGUUCAUACCAUCAUCGACGCCACCAAGGAAGUGCUGGACAUGGGCGCGAGCAGAGUCAUCGUCCCGGGCAACUUCCCCAUCGGGUGCUUCCCGAGCUACCUCACCGCGAUGGCCUCGCCGGAGCAGUCGGCCUACGACUCCGCGGGCUGCCUCAACGACCUUAACCUCUUCGCCGCCAAGCACAACGCGCAGCUCCAGCGAGCCGUCGCCGGCCUCAGGGAGUCGUACCCCGACGCGGCCAUCGCCUACGCCGACUACUUCAACUCCUUCCUCGGCCUCCUCAAGGGUGCCACGGCGCUCGGCUUCGACGAGAAUAGCACGCACACGGCAUGCUGCGGCGCCGGCGGCAGGUACAACUACGACGAGAGGCGGAUGUGCGGCGUGGAGGGGACGGCGGCGUGCGCGGACCCGUCGGCGUACGUGAGCUGGGACGGCAUCCACAUGACGCAGGCGGCGUACAAGGCCAUGUUCAGGCUCAUCUACCACGGGAGGUACCUGCAGCCGCAGAUACUCAGCUUCCCGGAGGAGAAAAAUGGGCAGACAUGAUAGACUGUUUUGAUUCUCCCCUAGACUAGACGAUGGAAGCCUCGUCGCGACAUUUUGAGCCUUCGAUGAGUUCUU